GCAGAUUUCCCCUGCUAAAUGAAACAAACAACCAAAAGCCCUAGUUUCAGUGCGCCUCGAUUCUCUUCUACCUGCAAGGGUUUUUGUAAUCUGGAGUUGGAUGGAAACAACUAGACCCGACCCCGAUAUCGACGAUGAUUUUAGUGAGCUGUACAAGGAGUACACUGGCCCUCCUGGGUUCAAUGCCAGAAACAGGAACACACAAGAUACAGCAAAGCCGAAUAAGAGGUCGCUUGCUGGGUCUGAUGAGGAAGAGGAAGCUAGGGACCCGAAUGCUGUCCCGACUGAUUUUACAAGCCGGGAAGCUAAGGUCUGGGAGGCGAAGUCGAAAGCUACCGAGAGGAAUUGGAAGAAGAGAAAGGAGGAGGAACUGAUUUGCAAAAUUUGCGGAGAAUCAGGGCACUUUACUCAGGGUUGUCCAUCUACUCUUGGAGCAAAUCGCAAGGCUCAAGAUUUCUUUGAAAGGGUACCUGCUAGAGAAAAGCAUAUAAGAGCGCUUUUCACAGAGAAAGUGAUAAACAAGAUUGAAAAGGAUAAUGGCUGCAAUAUUAAGAUGGAUGAGAAAUUUAUCAUUGUCAGUGGCAAAGAUAGGUUGAUAUUAAGGAAAGGGGUGGAUGCAGUACACAAAAUUAGAGAGGAAGGUGAACAAAGGGGUAGUUCUCAAGUGACUAGAUCAAGGUCACCUGAGCGAAGCCCUGUUGGUUCACGGUUACACCGCUCUGAAUCCCAGAGGUCUAAUUCUGGUCCUCGGAAUGGAUCAAACUUUCAACCAAGGUUUCAUAGGCAGGAGAAGUUUGUUGAAGACCGUAUUCGUCAGGAUAUACAAAAGUUUUCCAGGGGUUCUCCACAAGCUUAUGGUAAUGAUGGAGCUCGAGGUCAUCCAAGUGAUUCAAUUUCUCCAGCACGGGCCCCUUACAUGGGCAACUCAUAUAAUUCAUAUGAUGGUCAUAAUCAGAGCAUGGGUACUUAUAGAAAUGACGGGUGGGAAUCUGAUAAAAAGGGAUCUGAUGUGCAAUCUGGUCGUCAGUUUGAUUACCCAACCGUCCCACAGACAUUAGAAGAAUUAGAAUUGGAGUACAAAAGAGAGGCGAUGGAGCUUGGAAGAAUUCGUGACAAAGAAGAGGAUGAAGAAAAUUACAAACAUCGUGAGGCCACUAGGGAAAUGCGAGAGAACUACAUGAAGAAACUGGCUACCUUGAGAGGCAUGCAUGCAAAACAAUUUGAAAAUUUUCUUCAGCUUGAUGCCCAGAGGCGCCAACAACAGGCUCAUCAGCAAAUGCCCACUUCAGGUUUUGGUGGUUACAAAUCACACAAUUAUGCUGAAUAUGACAGCCCGACAGCUAAUCCUCAUUAUUCCGGGGCUAGUUUAGCAACGGAUUCGAGGAGCAGGUACCCGCACACCGUGGACAAAUAUCCUUCAAGACCACAUGACAAUUUUGGUGAGUUCCAGCGUCAGAGACAUCAAGAUUAUGGGAGAGGUUACAAUCGAUAUUGAAUGCUAAUCAGCGAUUUCUUGUGGGUUGAGGUCUGAGUGAUGUAGCUGUAUUCACAGUGGAGCACCAAAUCUAGGUAAGUAUGUUGGUUACAAUUGAAUUGAGGAGGGAUCAGGAGGCUGUUGUGAGGUCGUUUAUUCUAUCAUAUGCUGCAAUUCAAUGACUUAAGUUCUGUUCAGCACUCUUGUAAAGAAGUGGGACAUAAUUUCUACUGGGGUUGUCCUGUAUUUAUUUGUUUCAGUUAUGGUUUACAUAGAUGGACCUUGAGUGGAGUUUGAGAAUGUCUACAUUGUCUUGCUGCCAAAUAGGCAAAUAAUACUCUGCCUGAUUUGAACUUGGAAGGCACCCGGGUGGGUGCUGAUAAGCUCUUGCAGUCCUUCCUGUUCAACUUGUUUUCUUUUACUUGUUAAAACUAAUAGAUGUUUACCAUUGCCAACUGGGUCGUUUCCGUGUACAAACAUGUUCAGCAAGAGUUUUGAAUUGUCAUAUGGAUAUUGUUGAA